AUGUUUGAUAAAAGGAAUAUUAAGGGUCCACAAGUAUGCUAUUGGUUUGGUAAUUUAAAAACACUGUGGUCGGCUAAAUCGUAUUCACGUCAAUUACAAUUAUGGACAAAAGAAUAUGGUGAUAUUUACGGUUAUUAUGAAGGUGACAUACCCGUAUGGACGACAUCAAAUGUUGAUUUUUUAAACGAAGUAUUUAUUAAACAGUUUUCUAAUUUUUAUUCCAGAAAAACAACAAUAUUUACGCGAUCAACGACUGGUAAAUAUGUCCAUUUAUUUGAUGCACAAGGGAAAAGAUGGAAACGUCAACGUUAUGUUAUUAAUCCAACAUUUUCAGCAUUGAAACUAAAACAGAUUACACCACUAAUAAAUGAUUGUAUACGGCAAAUGAUGGAAAAACUUCCACUGGAUGAAGAUUUUAAUAUAUAUGAAUUUUACAAACAAUUGACAAUGAAUGUCAUAAGCCGAUGUGCUCUCGGAAUUGAUCCAAAUUCAAAUGCGGUAUUCUUAGAAAAAACAACAUUAUUCUUUUCAAACGAUUUUCGAAAACGUUCCAUAGCAAAGUUAGGAGUAUUAUUUCCAAAAUUUCGUCCAUUUAUAAUGAAUUUUUUUGUAUUUCAAUAUAAUCUUCGUAAAAAAUUGAAUAAUUUAUUUCCAUCUGUAUUUGAUUAUGCAGAACCACCCAGCCGGUGGCUAAUAGAUCGUCUUCGAAAUGUUGUAAAUAAACGAAAACAACAAAAUGGAGAAGUCGAAUAUAAAGAUUUACUGCAAGUAAUGUUGGACGCUGCACAAAAUCAUGAAAUAAAGGAUGAAAAAGAAAUGGCAGAAUCAUUGGCAAAAAGUUUAACUUAUGAUGAAGUAAUUAUGAAUGUAUUCUUGUUUCUAAUAGCCGGCUAUGAGUCAACAAGUACGGCACUAGCAUAUUGUACAUAUGUACUAGCCACAAAUCCAAUUGAACAAACAAGAUUACAAGAAGAAAUUGCAUAUCAAACUGAGCUUAGUGAGAUGAAAUAUUUAGAUUUAUUUCUUAAAGAAGUUUUUCGAAUGUAUCCGAUACCCAUAUCAUUUGUGAACCGACAAUGUGUAACAGAAACAAAUGUUUGUGGUUACCAUAUUUCAAAAGGUGAUAUCAUUCAACCGGACAUUUACACUCUUCAUUAUGAUUUCGAUCUUUGGGGUCCAGUUGACCCGACGCAAUUCUACCCUGAACGCCAUCAAACAGAGCGUCAUCCAAUGGCUUGGAUGCCGUUCGGAAAGGGACCCCGAAAUUGCGUUGGAAUGAAAUUUGCUCUACAUGAAAUAAAAUUGGCACUCGUAAAAUUAUUGACACAUUACACAAUUGUACCAUCAGAUAAAUUAGAAACUCAUCUAAAUAUACAAGAACUAGCAAUAAUUACACCAAGUGAAGUUUGGAUUAAACUCGAAAAACGACACUCUUAG